CGUCCUCUUACGAUCUGCCUGUUCAAGGAUCCUGUGAAACCGGCUCUCGGAAGUUGUGUUGAUUUGUUAACCUGCGCUAUGGGUCUAUUAGACCAGCUGUGGGACGACACUGUCGCCGGACCUCGGCCUGAAAACGGCCUUGGCAAGCUCCGGAAGCACAACACAUUCAGUUUUCGCUCCAGCUCCGGCAAGGAACCCGACGGUGCAAACAUGAGAUCGUACGGUGACGAGGCGUCGGAGGAGGCGACGAAAGUGACGCGCAGUAUCAUGAUAGUAAAGCCGCCCGGCUACCAGACCGGUUCUCCUCCGGUUUCUCCCGCGGGAUCUACGCCUCCAGUGUCUCCGUUUUCCGGAAGCAGAGAAUCGUUCCGGUUCCGAAGAAAAUCUGCGUCGGAUGCAUAUGAGAAGGCAAGAGAAGUUGGACCCAGGAGCCCUUCUUCACCUUACAAUGUUUGACAAAUGAAGGCCAUGAACCUCUUCUUCGGCCGAUGAUCAUCGAGAUGUUAAAACUCUACCAUAUGCAAUAGAGUUUUAUGUAAUGCUUGUACUGAGUGUGUGCUAGCUAGCUAGCUUGUUUACAAGUUCUUGUGUGGUUAUAGUAGCUAGACCCUCCAGCUUGUGUUUUGUGUGACGGGUGUAAGAAGUUGUAAUCAAAUGUAGAGAUGUUGUUUGCUCAUUGUAUAUAGACCCUGCACGUUGUUCUGUUCUUCUGUCUAAGGAGUUUGUUAACUUUAGGGUUUGUUGGUGGAAUAAGAUCUUUGUAUCCUUUUGUGUCCUUAAA